CCCAUCUAAGGAGAAGAUGAUAAAAAUCGCAGCUUGUGUUAAAACUCUUUAAUCAAUUUAUUUUAUACUUAAAUAUUGCUAUCUCAGUCAUUAAUAGGCGUUUCUGAUCGCCACCAGAAGGAGAAACAACCGGAGAGCUUUUAAUAUGAAAUCAACCCAACGACCGUAACAGGAUGCAGACAAGACCGACCCUCGUCCUGAAAAUAUGAUCUGCCGCAUCCUUUCGUGUUGUUGAUCACAAUGUCGCCUUAAUUACAAAAAACAUUCAACACAGCGACUGUAUUCAGAAGCGGGGACUCUGACAAUGGAGGGCGAGGAAGAACGAGGGGUGGUGCGGGUGAAAGUCAAGAAAUGUGACGGAGGGCUUCCGGCGGAGUUUCGCACGUUCGCGGUGGAUCCUCAAAUUACAUCGCUGGAAGUGCUCCAGCACAUCCUCAUCCGAGCCUUCGACCUCAACGGGAAGCAGAACUUUGGGAUGAGUUACGUAUCUCGGGAUCGGAGCGGGGCUGAGAUGCAUCAGUGUCUGCUUUCCGACGGGGAUUUAGACGCUGCCUUCGCCAGCGCAGCCAAACCCUACUUAGAGCUCAAGAUCGACCUCAAGCCUUCAGAGGACAGUCCUGUGAUGGAGGAGUGGGACAUCAUCAGCCCUAAAGACGUGAUUGGCUCAGAGCAGCUGAUGGGGGACAGGGCGCGGGCCCUGGCCACCACCGCCCUCCCCUUCACCCAGUCCCUUCUGGCCCAGGUGGUGGACGAGGUCCCGCACCCCGUCGGACACCUCUUCUACCAGCCGCUGUCGGCCGCGCUGACCCAGAUGGGCAGGACCCUCUCCCGGGUGUUGCGUGUCCCUUACGUUGUGCGUUGUGUGUCUCAGAUGGGCAGGACCCUCUCCCGGGUGCAGCAGGCGCUGAGCUGGUCGUACGGCGAGGAGGUGAAGCCCUUCAAGCCGCCGCUGAGCGACGGCGAGUUCCACUGCUACCUCAACGGCCAGGGUCAGCUGACGCGCCCCGAAGACCUGCGGCUCCGCAUCUACCACGGCGGCCUGGAGCCGUCGCUACGCAAGGUGGUGUGGCGGUACCUCCUCAACGUGUACCCCGACGGACUCAGCGGCCAGGAGCGGAUGGACUACAUGAAGCGUAAGACGCGGGAGUACGAGCAGCUGAAGGCGCAGUGGGGCGCGCGCCGGCGCUCUGAGGAGCUGGACUUCGUGCGCGGCAGCGUGCUGAAGGACGUGCUGCGCACGGACCGCACCCACCCCUACUACGCCGGCUCGGAGGACAGCCCCCACCUCACCGCGCUCACCGACCUGCUCACCACCUUCGCCAUCACGCACCCGCAGAUCUCGUACUGCCAGGGCAUGAGCGACAUCGCCUCGCCCAUCCUGGCCGUCAUGGACAACGAGGCGCACGCCUUCAUCUGCUUCUGCGGCAUCAUGAAGCGGCUGGAGGGGAACUUCCGGCCCGACGGCCAGCUCAUGUCCGUCAAGUUCCAGCACCUGAAGCUGCUGCUGCAGUACUCGGACCCCGAGUUCUACGCCUACCUGGUGUCGCGCGGCGCCGACGACCUCUUCUUCUGCUACCGCUGGCUGCUGCUGGAGCUGAAGCGGGAGUUCGCCUUCGACGACGCCCUCCGCAUGCUGGAGGUCACCUGGAGCUCGCUGCCCCCCGACCCCCCCGAGACGGAGGCGGAGCUGGUCGGCCCGCCGCUGGAGCCGGAGGAGGCGGGCGAGGCGUGCGGCGAGGCGUGCGGCGAGGCGGGCGGCGAGGCGUGCGGCGAGGCGUGCGGCGAGGCGGGCGGCGAGGCGGGCGGCGAGGCGGGCGUGUCUCCCUCCUCCCCCUCCGGCCCCCGUCUCGGGGAGACGAUGGGGCAGCGGCGGCGACACAUGCUCCGCCCCUCCAGGGAGGAGCCGGAGGGCGGGAGGAUGGAGUUUGAGGGAGAGCGACCCGGCGUGUGCGCGGGCGAGGUACAGGGCGGGGAGGGGGCGGGUGCGGGGGCGGGGGGGGGCGGGGCUUUGGAGGGGACCCCGUCCGCCCCUCCUCUUGAGAAGCAGCUGAGCUUCGGGGAGUUUAAGUAUUACUGCGCUCGCAAACGGGACAGCUUCGACAUGGAAGGCACCUCCAUGAUGGGGGACCGGCCCCUCGACCCCCUGACCUCUGACCCCGCGCCGGGCGCCCCCAGCCGCCAGUCCACCCUGGACAGUGAGGACGACCCGGGGGAGAGGUCUCCGCUCAUACAGAGCCUCGACCCCGACGCCAAGACGUCCAACAAGCGGACGGUGUCCUCCCACCGGCCGGCCCCCGGCGGCCCGUCUGGCAGGGAGCCCGGCGGCGGCCCGCCCGCGUCCGGGUCCCCGGACUCCCCCCCGCCCAAGUACACCUGCUCGGCUGACAGCGGAGGCUCCUCACAGAGAACUCUAGUCUCCCCCGCCGGCGCCCCCCCCCCGCCCGCCGCCGCCAUGCAGGCCUCCGCGUCGUCGCCGCCGCCCGGCCGCUCGCUGCUCUCGUCGCCCAUCCUGUCCUUCGCCCGGGGCCCCUCUUCACCGGGCGGCCGGCCCUUCUCCGGCACCCUGCCGCUGGCCGGCAGCCAGUCGCCCCCGUCCUGCAGGGGCCCGGCCCCCAGGCCCUGCUCGCUGCCCCCGCCCCAGGAGUUCGGUAAGGGCAACCCCUUCAUGCUGUUCCUGUGCCUGUCCAUCCUGCUGGAGCACCGCGACCACAUCGUGAAGAACAGCCUGGACUACAACGAGCUGGCCAUGCACUUUGACCGGCUGGUCCGGCGCCACCACCUGGGCCGCGUGCUGCAGCGCGCCAAGGCCCUGUUCGCCGACUACCUGCAGAGCGAGGUGUGGGACUCGGAGGAGGGCGACGAGGCCAGCUCGGACUCCCCCGUCACGGCCCACCCACUCCGCUCCCCCUCCCCCUCCAGGCCCGUCAGCACCCCCCUGGCCACCCCCCCCGCCUCGUCCCCCAACUCCACCUACAACCUCUCCACCACCAUCCCCUCCCCCCCCGCGGCCCCUUCCCCCAAAGGGGCCCCCUUCCCCCCCGCGGCUCCCUCCCCCACCGGGGCCCCCUCCCCCACCGGGGCCGCCUCCCCCCUGCCCUCGUCCUGAUCGUGCGGGGCCGGGACAUUGGCAUGGGAUGCCUGGGAUGGACCGCUUCAGACCGCCUCAGACCGCCUCAGACCGCUUCAGACCGCUUCAGAACGCUUCAGACCGUCUCAGACUGCUUCAGACCGCCUCAGACUGCUUCAGAUCCCUCCGACUACGUCAGACCGUCUCAGACUGCUUCAGACCGCUUCAGACCGCCUCAGACCGCUUCAGACCGCUUCAGACCGCAUCAGACCGCUUCAGACCGCCUCAGACUGCUUCUGAUCCCUCAGACUGCUUCAGAUCCCUCAGACUGCUUCAGACCGCCUCAGACUGCUUCAGACCGCCUCAGACUGCUUCAGACCGCCUCAGACUGCUUCAGACCGCCUCAGACUGCUUCAGACUGCUUCAGACUGCUUCAGACUGCUUCAGACCGCCUCAGACUGCUUCAGACGGCUUCAGACCGCCUCAGACUGGUCGGACGGAUCAUCCUCUUUUCUACGGCUGGCCCUACUUCAUCGGGCAGUUACUAGAUCACUUUGUUCAGUACAGACACUAGAGCUGAUUUUAUAUGUGUUUAAGACACUACUCAUUACAUAUUCAUGUAGUCACGAUUAAUCCUUAGCAUUUAAAAAGUUGCUCAAUUUAUUCUUUUUUUUCGCCGGAGAGAACUUAAGCGAGCUUUGAUUGAAAUGAUGAUUUAACGAACGCAAGCAGAAAUUCAGAGGUGAGCCCUGUCACAGUGUGUGUGCGCGUGCGUGUGCGUGUGUGUAUAAGAGGGUACAUGGAGGAUGUGCCCUGCCUGGGAGGACCUGAUCAGACUAAUUGGCAGAUCAUUUUUGUGAAGGCCUUUCAUGCCGGUCUCUGCUGACGACCGGCAAAUAGUUAUGUCAAUUCUGCACUUUCCUCUUUGUUUACAAGUUAUGUUUUCCGAAAAGUGUCUUUACCAAAUAACUUUAGUUAUGCGAUGGGACAUAGGCUAGUAAGGUAAGGUACAGGUUAGGUGAACCCUAUUGGAUCUGCAACUGAACAAAGUGUCGGCCUAGUUCAUUUCAGGGACCUAGUUGUCAGCCUCAGUCAUUAUUUCUCUUCUAUUUUCUGAAACUGUGGCCGGUGAGAUCAGUGUUAAAUCUGACUGUUGAUCAAUCUGUUGAUCCAUCCUCCACGGCGAUAUAUCACAGUACCGAAAGUCCCCAUUUGGUCAACUGAACAGAGGAGCUUUUUAUUUUAAAGGGUUUCAGUUAUUGUUUUAUUAUGUUACGCCGUUCAUUUCACUUGACAUGGACAUGAGUCACAAUGACCGUCAUCAGAAAGUGUGGGCUGGGCAGUUUUUUCUUCAGUUUUAACUAUUUUUAAAUAUCUAGAUAUAUAGAUUACGUGACUUCACCUGAUCAAUGUGAAGGUGAAGGCUGGGGUGAAAUCCUGGAAAAGCCAAGAGUAAGGAGGGCUUUCCUCCUUGCUUUGGUUUUAUCUAGUAUUCAACAACACAAACCAAACCAUGCGGCCACACCCAACUCUGCUCGUGUUUAUUGCUGUCAACAGCAGUCCUUCGUGUUCUGCUGGAUUUGUACUGUAUAUUUAGGCAAUUUGAAUUGGUCCUCUUGUUUUGGGAAUGUGCUUGUGAUUGAAAAUAACGAGCUAGCUUUGUGGUUCUGAAGAACGCUGAUUGGAUUAUGGUCUUCUCCAAGAGCUUUAGAACUUCCUUUAUCACUCACAGCCAACUGAACAGACGAUCUUAGGUGCAAAAAGACAUUGUCUAGUAGUUUUUGAAGGUCCAUUGUGGGGAACGGAUUACCUGAGCAAAGAACUAAAACUAUAAGAUAAAUCUGCUGGUUUUGUGUUUCUUCUGUUUCCAGCAGUCUUGGAGAGAUGGGUCGAACAACUUGCCUUUCCUAAUAUUUGCUUUAAUUCACCAUGUUUACGCUUUAUUCCUGGAGACGGAAGAGGGGUUUGUUUGCGUUAUCCAAACUCCCUUCGACUUCGUCAAUGUCUGUGUUAUUUUCCGAGAAAUGUUGCUUGUUUUUUUUUUUCAACCAAAGAAAACUGAAAGCAUCCACUCAACAAAGCGAACAAAGGAGUAAUCCUUAUGACCGCUUCACGCCCGCCGCGCAAAUGCGUAAUUUCCAACUUCCCUAAACCCUCAGCCUUUUGAUGGUUUUCUUAUACUGUAUGUGUGGCCUUAUUAUUUAUUUGUGUUAUUCCUGCUGCUACCGAGCGCCCAUGCAGGGUUAGGGUUAGGGUUAGGGUUAACCCUGAUGAUCAAACAGCCGAGGCAGGCUUCUCUUGGUAAAUGAAGAAGUGAAGAGGUUUUUUACAUGCUUUCCAGAAUCAUCAUGCUGUCAUGUUUGUUUGACCUAAAUGCUGAGGAGACAGCUCCCCACAAGCCCCCCCCCCCCCCCAUUUUUAUUAUUUUUUUAUUUAGUAAAAUAGCUUUUAUUACAGACUCAUUUACAACUAUUGGUAACAAUUGACUAUUCCAAUUAGUUUCCUUGUGUUGUUCAGUAUAACAUUUUGUAAUAGGGCAUAUUUAAAUAUUUAUAGCCAAUUGAUGAAUCUUGUUGGAUUGAUAUAAUGUGUGCAUUUCUACAAAAUCGGACUUUAUUAUCUCAUUAAAUUAUAAAUGUGCACAAAGGUGAACUUUUUAUUCAUACAUAUUAUGUACCCAUGAUUGUAUAUUGUCCAAAAAUAAAUACCUAUUUAAUGCAAACGGCUUGCCAAAGCAAGAGCUGUUGGUUUUCUAUAAAAUGAAUAAUUGUACUGACAUUUCAUCUGAAAUCAUAGGGAACUGGAAACUGCUGAUUAAAUCUUGGGAGUUUGGGUAAAUGAUGCCUUUAAUUACAACCCUGGCAUGUAUAAAUAUGGUAUUAUGAUGGCAAUAAAGAGUUUUCUUUAAAGACUUAA